CGGGGCGCACCUAGAUUUCUUCUGCAAGGGGCUCCCGAGGGGUUGCUGCUGCGAGUGGGGAGCGGCCCCGCCUGACUUCAUGUGCCGCCAGCACCCCGGGCCCUCGAGCACCUCCCACCAAGCUCCCGGCCCCCCUUUCCGUCUGGAAUGUCCCGCCGAGGCUCGGGUGUCGAGAACCCGAGAACCCGAGGCCACGGCCGGGCGGCCCCGCCAGCAAAUUUGUUUAUUCUGCAGCCCUAUCUCCGCGUCAUCGGGCCAGGAGCGGACGCGAAAGGGGGCGGCAGCCCCGAGGACGCCGGGAGCACCGCGCGCCCCGAGCUCCCGCAGCUCCCUCGCCGCCCGCAGCUCCUGGAGGAGGACGGAGGGCCCAGCGAGGAAGCGGCCGUGGACGGAAGCAGCGCCCCGGCGCCGGAGGGCACCCCCGGCGAACCCGCGGCCGAGGCCUCCGCGACGCCCCCCGCCCAAGACCAGGCCGAGGCCGCAGGCGAGGCCCGGCAGGCGCCCAAGGCGGUGGCCGGUGGGGUCCCCAACAUCGGCUUCGUGGGCGAGCCCCCGCCCUACGCGCCGCCCGACCCCAAGGCCGCGCACCUGCUCUACCCACCGCCCUUCCCGCAGCCAGUGCUCUUCCCGCCCGCGCCCUCCGCCUCCGCCCUGUACCCCCCGCCCGCGCCGCUCUUCCCCGCGCCCACCGCGCAGCCGCUCUUCGCGCCCUUCCCGGUGUACAACAGCCCCGUGGCCGGUGUGCCAGCCCCAGCCACGGUGGAACACAGGCCCCUGCCCAAGGACUACAUGAUGCAGUCCGUGCUGGUGACCCUCUUCUGCUGCCUGCUCACCGGGCUCAUUGCAGUCGUCUACUCCCACGAGACUCGUGCGGCCCUGGGCAGGGGGGACCUGGCCCAGGCUGAGGAGGCCUCGCGCAAGGCCCGCUCACUUGUGCUCUUCAGCCUGUUCUUUGGGGUCUUCGUGUCCACCAGCUGGGUCAUCUACGUGGUGGUAGCACUCUACCUGCCCUGAGGGCUGGUGGCUCCUUCGGGGACGUCAGGACACCCAGGGACUCCUGACCUGGCCAGACUCUUUCUGCGGACUUGGAUCCCUGCUGGUGGCCAUCUGUCACCUAGAGGGCACCUGGGCAGGCUCAGAAGAAGAUGGGCUUUGCAGCCUUCAGCACACUCAUGGCUGGGCCUCUGCCCUUGCAGGUGGCCUCAGGCAGUGUCCUAGCCCGAGGUGGGCCCAGGCCCCAGGCCCCAGGCCCCAGGCCCCAGGCCCAGCUGUGGUACAAGGGCCUGAGGUCUUCCUGGGACUGUGCUGGCAGUGCCCCCAUGCCCCUGGCCUUCACUUGACCCCUGAGAGACCAGCAGAGGGGCCAGUAUCCUCACUGUCCUCAGAGCCACAUCUGGAAGCACAUUGCCACCUCCGGCCUCCCCAUCGCCCAGCCCAGCCCAGCCCAGCUCAGCCCUGGGAUCGCAGGGCAGAGCUGCUGGGCUUUCUUUCUCCCUGUUGCGGAGUUGAGAGGAGCGGCCUCCUCUCUCCUGGGUCGCUCCUGGCCGGUCGUACUGCGUCCCAGCCCCGUCCGGGGGGGCAGGCUCUCUCCUGAUGACCCCGUGUCCAGAAACCAAGGCCACGCCGUCCGGUCAGUAGACAAACAGCAACACCCUGGGCAGAGCAUCUCAUUGCUGCCUCGGGGCUGUUGCUCGCCCUGGGUCACUUUAGGGUGAGCAGGACGCAUCUGUCCACCGCUGGGCCCUGGGGCUCCCAUGCCGGCCCCUCUGAGAUGCUGGGGUUUGCCCAGUCUGUGCAGUGCGGUGUCUGACUCGUGCACGUGGCAGUGGAGCCGCUGGGUACCGAUGGCGGGAAUUUCUGGAGGGUCUUUCGUGGGCCAAAGGUGAUGAGAGAGCAAGGAGAUCCAUCUGCAUCUAGAGAGGAGGAAGGGGGCCCCCUGGCUGAGCCGUAAAAGAUUGACAGCUCAAGUUAAAUCAGGUGCUUUCUGAGCACUGACCAGGACUGGGGGCUGAAGCAGGACGACAACCCAUCUCGGCGCUCGAAAUGCUCCAGGGGCUGGAGAGAUGAGGAUGCGGAAGUAGGUGGUGAGGAGUGAUGAUGCUUGGAGCUUGAGAGGUGGCCUCACGGUCUAGGACACGGGGUGGCCCAGAAUUAGGAUAUCAAACCCUAAAAUGCAUGAUUGCCGCAAAAAAGGAGGAAGCUGUAUUUUAGGGGUCUGUAGAUGCCAAGAAGCAUUUGGUAGACCCCAACUGCCAUAGCUCUUCCUGUUGCUAAACUCUUAGCUAAAAUCAGAAUAGAAAGAAAUCAUCUAGACCAGUGUGCCUUGAACCCGAAAGUACAUUAUGAAACACCUGGGAAAUCUUGUUAAAAUGCAGAUCCUGAUUCAGUAAGUAGGGCCUGAGAGCCUGCAUUUCUAAUGAGCUCCCAGGCGCCGCUGAAGCUGGUAGAUGAACCAACAGCGUAUCGUGUGUUACGUGGGAAAUUACUAAAACCACUGUAACCAGGACCAAGCCAUGGGUGCCCCCUAGAGUCUCUGUUCAACAUUGUUUUGAGGUUCUAGCUAAUGUAAAAAACAGCAAAAUGAAAUGUGUAGUGUGAAAACUAGAAGAGACAAAAUGAUACUCUAGCUAGAAUAUCCAAGAGUCAAUGAAAAAAUCAAAAUAAGAGAACUCAGAGAAGUGAUUGGAUACAAAAUAUACAAUAGUCAAUAGCAAUAUUCAGGUAAAAGUGGAAAAACUUUAAAAUUCCAUUCACAAUAGUGAUAAAAACAGUAAAACCUAGGAAUAAACUUAACAGAAAAGAUCCAGAUCCAAAUGAAGAGAAUUAUUUUAUUUUAUUUUAUUUUUUUGGAAGGAAAGUGCAUGUAUUGUAAGGUACAAGGAGUCCGGGACAGCUAGUGCUCAAAAAGGCCCAAACUCCUCUAAAAAGAGCAAAGAACAAGAUAUCUGGAUAGGAAGAUGUAGUAUCAUAAAAAUAUCUAGCCUUCUUAAAUAAACAGAUUUAAUGAACUUCCGACAAGAAAGCCAAGCUUUUAAAACUGAAAAAGAUGUUUUUAAAAAUUAAUAUGGAAGGAAAACGUGCAAAAACUGCUAAUAAUUUUUCAAAGUUUAACGAGGGAGGACUUUCUUCACCAGAUUUUGAAACUUACGAUAAAGCUACAAUAAACAAGGCGCAGCAUGGCUUUGCCACAGAGAUGGAUCAGUGAAAAACAAAGUCCAGAAAACAUUCCAAGUAUAUAUGGGACAUUAACAUCUGACCAAAAUGGCAUUUUAAUUGAGUGAGUCAGGGAGGGCCGACAGUAAGCAGAGUUGGCGCUCUGGUUGGAAAAAUAAUUAUUCUCCUCCUAUUGUAUGUAAAAAUAAAUUCCAGAUGGAUUAAAGAGCUAAGUAGUGUGAAAUAAAGCUCUACCAAUCGUAGAUGAACGCUUAGGAGAAUAUUUGUGUAACUUCAGGGUGUUAUGCAGUGUGGAAGGGGAGACCUCCUAAAAUCUGGAAUUCCAGAUACGAGGGAGAGAUGGAUUUGAGUUCUCUGUUUAAGGGAAGUACAGACUUAAGCCAUGAGAUGAUUUUUACUUAUCAGAUUGGGGAAAAAUUAGAAAGAUUGAUUCUAGAGGUGGCAAAGGCCUGACCCUCUCAUUUAUUACUGGUAGAUGUGUAUUGCUACCAUCUUUGUGGAAAGUAGGCUAAUGGUAGCUUCUAGGAAUAUGUGUACCAUAUCUUAAUAUGCAUGUAAGUGCAAAGAACAGAGUCUAGAAGGAUAUGUUGCAAACUGCUGCGAGUGGCUGCCUUUGGGGAGGGACUGGGGCUAGGAGGGUUUGUGCUGAAUUUUAAAAUAUGGGUGUAUUCAUGUGUUGUGUAAUUAAAAAAUAACUGGAAAAAAUGUGCAUGUCUUUUGACCCAGUAAUUCCAGUUUCAGGAUUCACAGGAGUGAAGAAGGCAGUCCGUUUCGACAGACAUUUGUCAGUGUUGUGGCUAAAGGGCCAUUGAAGGAGAGGUGAUGAAGGAGAGGUGACUGGGGCAAAUCUGGAAUGAGAGCUCUGAUUACAUUAGGGUGCGCCCUGGUUUCAGAGAUGCUCGAAUAUGUGUGUCUUAGAAUCACUCCGGUGUGGCCUAGAGGUGUUUGGCCUUGGAGAGCGGUAAAGAAAGCCUCUCCUGAGGAAGUUGUGAGUGUGUAAGAUAAAGCUUCAGUCAGAUGCUGCCAUUCCAAAGUGGUUGCAUCAUUUUGCAUUCCCACCAGCAACCGAUGGGAGUUCAGUUGUUCCACAAACUCAUCAAUCCCUGGUGUUUGUCAAUCUUUUACAUUUGAGUGCUUCUGGUCGUUAAAACUGUAGUGGUAUUUCACUGUGGCUUUAGUUUGCAUUUUUCUGACGAAUGCUAUUGAGCUUUUUUAUCAUAUGCUCAUCAGCUGUUUGGAUCUCUCUUUUUAUAAUGUACUUUUUUAAGUCUUGUGCCCGUUUUCAUGUCUUUUAUCAGUUCAGAGGAGUUCUUUAGUGUUUUCUAGAUAUGAGUCCUAUGUUAGAUUCAGGGAUUGCAAAUAUCCUCUCCUACUUUGUAGCUUCGCUUUUCAUUCUCUUAAUGGUGCAUCCGAUAGAAAAGAAGUUCUCAAUUGUAAUAUAUUCAAAUUUAUCUUUUCCUUUAUGGAUAAUGCUUUUUUAAGGCUUAAGAAAAAUUUCCCUACUCCUAGGUCAUGAAGAUAUUCUCUUAUGUAGUCUUCAAGGUCUAGAAGCUUUUCGGGUUUUUUUCACAUUUAGGUCUGCCACCCACCUGGACUAGAUCCUAGAGAUCCAUUUGUCUAUUCUUGUUACCACGCUCACUCUCAUACCUCAUGCCUGGGACUUGAUAGUAAGUCUGGACAUUGAGUGGGUCAGGUCCUUCCGCCAUCUUUAAGAUUCUUGGUCAUUUAAAAUCGUUUGUAUUUAUAAUAAAUUUUAGAAUUAAUAUGUCAAUUUUCACCUGCUAAAAAACUGGGAAUUUGACUCUGCUUUAAAUCUAUAGAUUAAUUUGGGGACAACAGACAUCUUAACAGUGCUGUUUUCCAACAAACACGGUGAAUCUCCUUAUUUGUUUAGUAGGUCGUUUAAACAGUUCCCUUGAUUUUUUUUGUGUGCAGAAAGUUUGCACAUUUUGUUAGUAUCCCUAGGUAUUUGAUUUUUGAUGCUAUUAUAAAUAUCACUUUUAUAUUUUUUUUGUUACUUGCUAGUGUACAAAAAUGCAAUUGAUUCUAGAUGAUUGACUUUGAACCCAGCACGCUUUCUAAAUUCACUUAUUCUGGUAACUUCUCUGGAGAGUCUGUUGAAUUUUCUAUUUCCACAGUAUUACCAUCUGUAUAUAAUGAGCUUCUUAUCUUCCUUUCCAGCCUUUAGUCUUUCAUGUGUUUUCCUUCCUGCACUGGCUGGGGCCCCCCAGGUACAAUGCUGAAUAGCAGUGCUGACCGUGGGCAACCUUACCUUUUUCCUUGUUUCAAAAGGAAAGCUUCAACAUUCUGUUUUUUUGUAAAAGAUAGAUAUCCUUUUUCAGAUUAAGGAAGUAUUCUUCUAUUUCUAUUUUGCUAAGAGUUUUUUUUAAAAAUAAAUUUUUUCAUUUUUAUUUUUGGCUGCAUUGGGUCUUUGUUGCCGUGCGUGGGCUUUCUCUGGUUGUGGUGAGCGGGGGCUGCUCUUUGUUGAGGUGCGCGGGCUUCUCAUUGCAGUGGCUUCUCUUGUUGCGGAGCACGGGCUCUAGGUGUGCGGGAUUCAGUAGUCGUGGCACGCGAGCUCUAGAGCACAGGCUCAGUAGUUGUGGCCCAUGGGCUUAGUUGCUCCACGGCAUGUGGGAUCUUCCUGGACCAGGGCUCGAACCUGUGUCCUCUGCAUUGGCAGGCGGAUUCUUAACCACUGUGCCACCAGGGAAGCCCUGCUAAGAGUUUUUAAAAAUCAUGCAUGGAUAUUGAAUUUUAUUAAAUUACUUUUACAUAUCCACUGAGAAAAUUAUCUGACUAAUUCUGUUAAUAUGGUGA